AGAAAACACAGCUGAUGGGGCUGCCAGAUAGUUUCACGUUUUUGUGAAAUUGCCUUUUUAGCGGCCGCCUGCUGGAUUUUAGAUAUUUAGUUGUGAAAUUUUAAUAUUAUUUGAUUUGAGACUUGAGAGCGACCAUGGACGAUUCCUCAAGGCAGCACAUGGAAGACUUCUGCUUCAUGCGGCCACCCAGCGACGUCCGCACCACGUCGGUGGCGGACAACAAAUCACGCAAAACAGAGCUGCAUGUCGUACGGCUGAGCGAUGAGUCCAAGCAGAUGACCAUGGACACCUUACGGACCAUACACGGGCCGGACUUUAAGCUGGAGGACAUCAGUAAGUACAAGGACCGCGGGAGAGGCGGCCACGGUGUCAAGCAUGCCUAUUGGCAGGACCGUGGCACGCUGAUGGUGCAGAGUGUCCAGGGGGUCAGCUCCACCAGAGGCGAUGGCAGCGACGAGGAUCGCCUUCGCCGCUAUGCCCUGCUCAAGCUGGAGUGCUACGGCUUCCAUGCCGCCCACUGCCUCGAGGCCUACCAGCACUGCAGCAACGAUACGGAAGCGGCCCUGCUGCUGCUCUAUAAGCGAUAUAUGCACGUCCCCGAAAAGGAAAAGCUUAACCUUGAGCCACCCAGCGAGCAGGAGCUGCUGGACAUGCGCUCCGAUGAGAAGGAAGCCCUCGAGUCCAUCUACGAUCGGGCCUACGAGGAGCGUGAGUGCAAUCGGGUGUGGAAUCUCAAGUUCAAGAUCGACCACCUACUGGCCCACAGCCCCUCAGAGGUUCGAAAGGCUCGUGAGGCUGCCGCCGCAGCAGCAGCCGCCUCUGUCCAGGCAGCCCUCGACAAGAAGAAGAAGGCGCCGCAGCGGUGUCGCAACUUCGAACGCGAUGGCACCUGUAAAUACGGUCCCAAGUGUCGCUUUGCCAUGCUGCCGGCCCAGCCCGUUCUUCCUUCCACACCAAAGAAAGAUAAUCUGGAUGAGAACGACAACGAGCUGUGGUUCCAUGUGGAGGUGCGCUUUCCACCCGGCAGCCAGUAUCCGUACGAGGCGCCGUUCAUCUACCUAAAGACCACCUGCCACGACAUACCGCACGAGCUGAGGCUACGCUAUGCGCGCCACCUGUACCGCGAGGCGAGGGAUAUCUGCCGCGACGGCAUACCCUGUGUGUACAGCAUCUGUGAUCUGUUGCAGUCCAGCGAAGAUCUGGCCGGCAGGCUGGACACGGCCCGGUUUCCCUCGCCCAAGCGUUCACUCUUCUACAACGAGCCGGAGACGGGCGCCGCGAUCGACAAUGGUGUGGGCGAGCUGACGGUGAAGCCCUCGCACUAUGCCCGUGGUCAGACGUCCCGUUCUGAGGGAGGCUACCAGCGAAACACAGAGGCACAGGCCCGGGAGGAUCGACGGCUGUUGCAACAGUUCGUGGAGCGGCGGAAGGAUGAGCGCUACCAGAAGGUGAUCGAGGGCAGGCGAAAGCUGCCGGCCUUUGCCGAGAUCGAGAGUAUUCUGGCCCUCAUCGAGAGCUCGCCCGUGGUGGUGAUAUCCGGCGAGACGGGCUGCGGCAAGAGCACACAGGUGCCGCAGUUCAUUCUUGAUAAUUGGUUCUUUCGCGCCCUUCAGCUGCAGCCCAAGGAGACCCUGCCCCAUGUCGAGAUCAUCUGCACACAGCCGCGCCGCCUCUCGGCCAUCGGUGUGGCGGAGCGUGUGGCCGCCGAGCGGCUGGACCGGAUUGGCCAGCUGGUGGGCUACCAGAUCCGGCUGGAGAACAAGGUCUCGCAAAGCACCCGCCUCAGCUUCUGCACCACCGGGAUACUGCUGCGGCGGCUCGCCUCUGAUCCGCUCUUGGGCGGCGUCUCCCAUGUGAUUGUCGAUGAGGUGCACGAACGGUCCGAGGAGUCCGACUUCCUGCUGCUCAUCCUCAAGAAUAUACUGCGUGAGCGUAAGGAUCUCAAGGUCAUCCUCAUGUCGGCCACUCUGAAUGCGAGCCUCUUCUCCAACUAUUUUGGCGGGGCGCCCGUGCUGGACAUACCCGGUCGGACGUUUCCCGUGCAGCAACUCUUCCUCGAGGACAUUCUCGAUCUGAACGACUUUGUCAUGGAGUACGACACCAAGUUCUGCCGCAAGCUGAAAAAGUCUGAGCAGGAUGUACUCCAGCGAGAGCUGGAAUACGCCGAUGUCCAGGCAGCGGGCCCGCCACCCGGAAAAAAGAUCAAGGACGAGAAGCUAACCCUGGCCGAGACCUACAGUCGUUAUGCGGAGUUCAGCAAGACCACCUGCAAGAGCAUCUACCUGAUGGAGCCCAUGACCAUCAAUCCGGAACUGAUCGAAUCCGUGCUCAAGUACAUUGUGGAGGGCGCCCAUGAGUGGCCGCGCACGGGCACCAUUCUAAUCUUUCUGCCCGGCAUGCACGAGAUCCAGACGGUGCACGAUGCCCUGCUCGAUCACUCGCUAUUCUCGCCGCGGGCGGGCAAAUUUGUACUGGUGCCGCUUCACUCUGCCUUGUCCGGCGAGGAUCAGGCGCUGGUGUUCAAGCGAGCGCCGGCGGGCAAGCGAAAGAUCGUGCUGAGCACGAACAUAGCCGAGACCUCGGUGACCAUCGACGACUGCGUCUUUGUGGUGGACUGUAAUUUUGUAAUUUGUAAUGCGCAUAUUUGUGGCCCUGCCUGCACAUAA